AUGGCCAAGUUAGUGAGCCAUACCAAAAAAAAGAAGUACUGCAGUGCAAAAGCAAGGCAUCCGUGGACCAAAGAUCGCCGGGUGAUGUUGGUCAUGUCCAACGAAUGGAAGAAGUGGAACAUCAUCCACCUGCUUCCCACAAAGAAGCAAGUGCCUUUGCAAUUUGAUUUGUGUAAUCAUAUUGCAUCAGGCAAGAAAUGUCAGUACGUUGGGAAUUGCUCCUUUGCCCACAGUCAAGAAGAGUGGGAAAUGUGGACUUAUAUGAAGGAGAAUGGCAUUCAAGACAUGGAACAGCUCUAUGAAAUGUGGCUGAAGAGCCAGAAGCCAGAAAAGGGGGAGGAUCAAGCUGCUCAAGCCAACAAGGAGAAUGGGAAGCAAAUCCACAUGCCAACAGAUUAUGCCGAGGUUACAGUCGACUUCCACUGCUGGAUGUGUGGGAAGAAUUGCAACAGCGAGAAACAGUGGCAAGGGCAUAUCUCCUUGGAAAAGCAUAAAGAGAAAGUAUUCCACAUGGAGGACAACCCAAACCGUUGGCAGCAUCGUUUCCCAACAGGCUGUUUCAGCAUAUGUGAAAGAUAUAUACCCAGUUCGUGCACCGAAGGCAACAACUGUAAGUUUUCCCCCGAGCUCCGCGAAUGGGAGGAGUGGAAGCAGGUCCUAAGGAUGAAGUUCAGCAAAGCCAGGAAGGACCACUUGAUCGCUCCAGUAUGUAAGUGCUGGUUCUCAUUUCUCCAAAGAGCCAGUCCUUAUCCUCAGGCUUCAUAA